CAAUAAUGCAAUGACCUGAAUUGAUGUGCCGUGCUUCAAUGUAGCUCAGCCCACAGCACAGUCGCGCUUUGGCUGCACAGUGGUGGCUGAUCUAGGACGCCCGGGCAGAGCCAAUGAAUUUUUUUAGGAAAUCGCAGCAGGUGUCCCCAAGGAAGCAUUCAGGAACAUUAGAUCUCGAAUCAUUGUUGCCGAAUCCAAAGGACACUCCUCCUAAACCAGAGCCGUUACAAGAGUCUCAUCACCAAAUAUGUGGAUUACCAGUGCAGCUGGUUGCUGGAGGCGCCUACUGCGUAGCGUCUGCGAGCAUGGUCUUGCUGAACAAGGCAGCAUUGAGCAGCUUUGAUUUUCACGGGCCAACGGCUCUGCUCUUCUUCCAGUGCCUAGUGUGCUGCAUACUUGUCAAAGUCUGCAGUGCACUCAAUUUCAUACGCCUGGAGCCCUGGAACAUCAAGAUCGUGCAGCUGUGGCUUCCUGUGAAUGUCAUUUUUGUGGGAAUGAUCUGGACGUCAUUUUUUGCGCUAAAGAAUCUGGGAGUCCCCAUGGCCACCGUUCUUAAAAACCUGACCAAUCUUUUCACGAUCCUGGGCGACUACACAAUGUAUGGAAAGGUGUAUGGGGGAGGGGUGUGGGCGUCGCUGGCGCUGAUGUGCGCAUCGGCCGUUUGCGGCUCCAUUACGGAUCUGGCCUUCGACCUGGAGGGCUACCUGUGGCAGCUGGUCAACUGCCUGUUCACGGCCUCCUACUCGCUGUACCUGCGUGGGGUCAUGGACCGCGUCGUAAGCCUCACCGUCAACAAGACGCGCCUGGACGAGUUCUCCAUGGUCUUCUACAACAACGUGCUCUCGCUGCCGCUCAUCGGCAUGCUCAUGUGGUGGUACGGCGAGCUGGACACUGUCAUGUACGACCCGGCGCUGCGCAACCCCAUGUUCAUCAUGGCGGCCUGCUCGAGCGCGCUGGUGGCUUUCGGGAUCAGCUUUGCCUCGCUGUGGUUCCUGUCGACCACCACGGCCACAUCCUACAGCCUGGUGGGCUCGCUGAACAAGAUCCCGGUCGCGCUCAUCGGCCUGGUCGCCUUCGAUGUGCCCUGGAACCUGGAGAACCUGGCCAGCAUCCUUGUCGGCCUCAUUGCCGGCAUUGUCUUUGUCAAGGCCAAGUCGGUGCCCAUCAACAAGUAGGCGGGAGAGCAUGCGCUGCCCCGGGCUGCACUGCUACAAUAGAAAUUUGAUUGGAACUGCCAUAGCAGCUGUUUGGGGGGAUGCUAGCUCUCUGGCAGCAGCGUCCAGACCGGAACUCUCUUUGAACAGAAGCAGGAUGUUGAGCAGGGGUGGGAGGGUGCUUGAAAUGCAUGUAACAAAGGUAGUGUCUAGUGCAUAGUCUUGCUUCCAAUACAGUCAGCGGGUUGGAUGGCAAGGUCGUGAUUUAAUGCGGUAUCUCGUGUUGCAGAGCUUGUGCGCACGCAGGAGCGAUGAGUAGUUACAAUACAUCUUCUUGUGUCUGCCCUAUUGGGCUUGUGUUCGUUCCACACUCAUACUGGCCUCGCGACCAUUUGGGUCUUGAUACUUUCGUAUGAGUCUUUAAGAUGAUGUGGAUCUUCUUGUGAGGACUUAAUUCUACUGCAGCUCUGAUCUGUGAUUAAGGGCGCAACGUGCAGAUCUGAGAAAAUCAUCUGAACUGGCGCCUGCUGACCCCAAGAUGACGUGCCGGCUUGUAGCCUCGACUGAUUUAGGCGAAAAGUGCAGAUGUGGAUGUUCUCUCUGCUGCAAGAUAAGAUAAAUGCACAACGGCCCGGCGCCUGCAUGGUCCCGUCACGGACCAUGGGAUUCCCGUGGGCUAAAAUCUUGCGGUAUUAUUGUUAAAUUUCACCCUGCAGGGUUGGAAUAGUAAUAGUUGUGCUUCCAAAGAUAAGUUGUGGGUGUCACUCAAGAAGUUGGCAACAUUUUAGCUCAGGUACUGUGAGCAGCACACUGUUGCUCAAAAGUCUAAGCUAAAAAAGAGUGCUACUGAC